AUGGUCGGGCCGGAUCCAAAACUUUUGGCAUUGGAAAUUAACCUGGCAAUCAAACGCACCACCACCAACACCAGAACCAGAGCCACCAAAGAAAUGGCGUCAAUACUUACGAUUACUGCGGGAGUUGCUGCAGCGGCAUUUCUAGGUCGCGCAGGUCUUGUAGCGUUCCGCAAAUCGCGAGGAGAAGCUGUUGGAGUAUUGGGAAAAGCCUUUUACAAGGGCGGAUUCGAAUCAAAGAUGAAUCGCAAAGAGGCUGCACUCAUCUUACAACUUAGCGAACGACAACUUACCAAAGAGCGCAUACGCAAGAAUCACCGCACCCUAAUGAUGUUGAACCACCCAGAUCGCGGAGGCUCGCCAUACCUAGCUACAAAAGUCAACGAAGCCAAGGAAUUUUUGGAGAAAAACGGUUGA